AUGGCCACGGCACAAAGACUUCUCAUCACUAUGUCCUGCGACGCCAGCGCUCACCGGACGCUGCCUGCUUUCCUUCUCCUGGGCUUUCUAGCUGGGAUUGCUUCGACACAUCCAGUUGUAAGCAGAACUAAUGGCACAUUGCUGGAAAGAGGAUGGCAAUCUCUGUUGUCCAGGUCCAUUGCUGGGAUGUCAGGGGAGAAGUCAGAUGUGAACUGGGAGAGUGACUAUUUGCUAGGAAUCAAGAGGCAGCGAAGGCUUUACUGCAACGUGGGCAUCGGGUUUCACCUUCAAAUCCUCCCAGACGGAAGGAUAAGCGGAGUUCACAAUGAAAACCAAUACAGUCUCUUUGAAAUAUCCACUGUAGAGAGAGGUGUUGUUAGCCUGCUUGGUGUGAAAAGUGCUCUGUUCAUUGCAAUGAACAACAAGGGGAGGUUAUAUGGGACGGCUGUUUUCCAAGAUGAGUGCAAGUUCAAGGAAACUUUGCUGCCCAACAACUACAACGCGUACGAAUCCAACGCUUACCAUGGGGCCUACAUAGCCCUCAGCAAACAUGGGAGAGUGAAGAGAGGAAAUAAAGUUUCUCCUGCCAUGACAGUGACCCACUUCCUACCAAGAAUAUGA